UCUAAGUUUCAAAUAAUCUUUGUUUUUCGAACUGAAUAAAUUGCCUGCACACUAGGAAUCUGUCACAAGGCGUUUGUUUUUAUUCCCAGAGAACUUUGAUAGCAGAAAACUGUGUAGGAUUCUGUUUGUUAAACCAUAUGGAAACCUUAGUACUGUUCUGCUUGUUCUUGCUCUUUUCCUUUACACAACCAGUUUUAUGUGAUAAGAGUUGCAUCCCUGCAUCUUGUGAUAGUGUUCAUGGGCCGAUAAUCCGCUUCCCAUUCCGGCUGAUAGGCCGGCAACCAGAGCAUUGUGGCUAUCCGGGCUUCGACCUUUCUUGCAACAACCAAAACCAAACAAUUCUUAGCCUUCCACGGUCUGGUGAAGUUGUAGUAGACUACAUAGAUUACACUCAGCAGACCAUUCUUAUCACUGAUCCUGAUCGUUGUGAUCCAAAGAAAAUUCUGAAUUUCAGUCUUUCGGAUUCUCCAUUCGAGGUGAUUUUCACAAGGAAAUACACUUUCUUCAACUGCUCUGCGGUCGGGAUAGAGUUCAUUUCAUUUUCAUAUGAUCUUUUCCCAUUGUUAUGCCUUAGUGGUGUAAACUACACUGUUAUGGCAACCCCUUCGUAUUCUUCAUCUCAACAAAUUCCACAGUUCUGUCGCAAGAUUCCAAUUGUUUCAUCUCUCUACGUUUCUCUGUACUGGACAUCAAUGGAACUCAGGGAGGAUUUUCAGUUGACAUGGAAUGAACCUGGAUGCAGAUCUUGUGAAGCUAACGGUGGAAUUUGUGGGUACAAAGGCAAUAAAGUUCUUGAAGUUGGUUGCUCAAGACCUCCAAAUCCAGGCAAGUUUUCAUGUUCAAGGCCAUUCUUUAAUCCUCAAAAACAUGGUCGUUUGGUCAUGUUUGCCCUUUACAUUGGAUUGAAUAGAUUCGACAGGAGAAAUGCUUGCCACUCCCUUAUCGACUGGAUUGUGAAGACUUAUGAUGAUUCAAGGAAGAUUAUUCCACUUGUUGUUUUCCCCCAAUAUUUGUAUUCUUUAAGAAUGUUAUUUUAUAUCUUGGUACUUUUACUCACAGCAUCAGGUCUUCCCAGAAGUGCAAAAUAUGGGAUUAUCAUUGGCGUUGGAAUACCAGGACUCGUGUGCUUAAUCGGACUUGCGUGUUUCGCAUUUGGUAGGAUCAGGGCUUUCAGUCACCGCGGUCGUUUAAACUCUAGCGAGCUCGGAAUCAUCACGAUCUCUCAGCAGCCGGUGGUCGGAGCUGCUGGCCUUGAUGGGCCAACCAUUGCGUCUUUUCCGAAGACAGUGCUCGGGGAGAGCCGGAGGCUUCCGAAGCCUAGUGAUAGCACUUGUCCAAUAUGCUUAUCCGAAUACGAGCCCAAGGAAACAUUGAAGUCCAUUCCAGAGUGCAAUCACUAUUUUCAUAACAAUUGUAUAGAUGAAUGGCUUAAGCUCAACGGCACAUGCCCCGUAUGCCGCAAUUCACCGGAGAGUUCAAUUGGGACGCCUUGCUCAUCAAUGUCUUUCUCAUAUUCAUUGUCAUCAUCGGGCCAUCAUUAGUCCAACAUUUUUCGAUAGCAUUACAUUUACAUUGAUAUACAUAUAUAAUGAAGUUAAUCGAGUUAAAGUGUCAUUUUUGCUAUGUCGUAAAUUCAUAGUUGGAUUAGUAAAUCACUAAAUUUUGUUGAAGUUGUCGGUGGGGUGGAAGCAAGAAUGAAGUUCUGGGUCAUGUUUAGUAUAGAGUACUUAAUUAUGUAAACUACUUUUGACUUUUAUGUAGAUCGCGAGAGGCAAUCUUCGUGGACUUAGAAAUAACUCGGAUACCCUCCUUAAAGUCAAUUUUUGGGGCGACUUCUACCAAAUGUAACUGUAAGAACAUAACAUGAAAGUUUUGUGAAUA